AGAACAUGGUGAGAGAUUCCAGGAACAUAGAACCUGGGAGCAUCUCCUGGAGACGGGCUAGCACUGGGUCUCAGCAGCCAUGCCCAAAGUCAUGAAGGAUGUUGUGCGCCCCUUGGGAGAGGAGGAGUCUAGCAUGGCGCGAGCCGUGGUUCGCAGUGUGGGGGGAUUUACCCUGGGCUUGUCGUUGGCCACAGCCUACGGGCUUCUGGAGCUGCUGGUGGAAGGGCACAGCCCCUGGGGCUGCCUGGUGGGCACCCUCACUUUGGCCGCCUUCCUCAGCCUGGGCCUGGGAUUCUCCCGCCAGGUCCGAGUCACUGUCUUCCUGUUGCUGCCCCAGGCCUUCUCCAGACAGGGCCGGGCUCUGCUGUUGGUGGCUGCCUUUGGGUUGGUGCUGCAAGGGCCUUGUGCCAAUACCCUGCGCAACUUCACCCGGGCCAGCGAGGCGGUGGCCUGUGGGGCAGAGCUGGCCUUGAACCAGACGGCUGAAUUGCUGGAACGGGCCAAGCAGCCUCUCAUCAGUGCCCUGAACAAGAUUAAAGCCAUUGCCCAAAGGACCAAAGAGGUGGCUGACCGGGUCCGCAAGUACUUUCGGUCAAUCAUGGAUGGUGUGAAGCACGUAGCCAGGGCCCUGCGGAACGUGUGGUAUUGGCUCCUGCACAUCGGUGACGUGUGCAACGCGGAGCUGGGCAACCCCUACUCGAAGUGCGCACGGGUUUUCGACGAUGCCAAGGACAGCUGUAUGAAGGUCAUACCACAAGCCUACCACCUGUGUUACGCGCUCAUGCCCUUCAAAUUGGUGCUCUGCGGACUUGCCAGCCUGGUCCAGGUGUUUUGCAUCAUCCCCAAGUACAUCCAGCCCUUCCUGCGCGAGACCAUCGGCACACCCGUGAUGAAGUUGAUUAACCGGGUGCGCCAGGAGUUUGAGUUCAACAUGACAGCCACCCACCAAUUCUCUGUGGACCUCAAUGCCUCUCGGAGCCUAUCCCAAGUAGCUGUGGACCUCCAUGAGGCUGUCAGCCUGAAGCUGCACCAUGUCCGAGAGGCCCUGGCUCUCAUGGGCUACACCACACCUCUGUUGCUCAUGCUUCUCUACCUCCAAGCCCUAUUUUACCGGUACGGUUACCUGAACUGGGACCAUUACGAUAACAUCUAUAUCACUGACCGAUUCCUGCGCAUGGAGGCCAUCCGCUCCCUGGCAGGACUGCCUACAGUGCUGCCGCUCAGUGCUCACGAGGCCAGGUGCUACAUCCGGCCAGGCUCCAUCUUCCUGUCCCGAUGGGAGAAGUUUUUUUACAUCCUGAAGAUCUUCAGCCUUAUCCGAUACCUCUUCCUGGUGCUGUUCCUGGUCUUCCUGGACUAUGCCGUCUUCUGGGUGCUCGACCUGGCCCGGUACCAGCUGCAGGGGGAGAUUGUGGCCCGCAGCCCCGUGUUGGUAUCUAUAACCGUGGAAGGAACUGGCUAUACCGGGAGUAUUUAUCGUGACCUGGUGUCGGCGUUUGAUGUCCUGCAGCAAGGCAACAUCAGUAUUCUGUCUCGGCGUUGCCUCCUGCGUCCCUCGGAGCCCGACACCACUGGCUACGUAGCCAUCGGUGUCAUGUUUGGCCUGUGCUUCUUCGUCACUCUGUUUGGCAGCUAUGUCAGUCGGCUGCGGCGAGUCAUCUGCGCCUCCUACUAUCCCUCCCGGGAGCAGGAGAGGAUUGCCUACCUCUACAACAUACUUCUGAGCCGCCGGACCAACCCAUUGGCUGUCCUGCACCGAGCAGUGAGGCGGCGGGCAGCUGACCAGGGCCAGAGGAGUGCUUUUUUAGUGCUGGCAAGCCGGUGCCCAUGUCUGGGUCCAUUUGUCAGCCACUUCUGGCUGCAUCAAGCCUACUGCCUGGGCUGUGGGCAGCCCCAGGACAAGGGGGACACGGAGAACUUUGUGUCCUGCAGUACCCCAGGCUGCCAAGGUCUCUACUGCCUCACCUGCUUCCGCCUCCUGGACAACACCUGCUCUGUGUGUGCAUCUCCCCUCUCCUACAAAGGGGACCUGGACCUAGAGCUGGACUCUAGCGACGAGGAGGGCCCCCAGCUAUGGCUGGCUGCAGCUAGAAGGAAGGACCCCGAGCAGGAAUGGUUACUGCGGCAACAACUCCAAGACACGUGGGGCAGGAGCCUGUCAGCGGAGUCCAGCUCCGAGUCCAGUGACCUCGAUGAGGAGAAAGGGCCUCAGCAGAGAAAGCACAGGCAGCGGCCCGCACCUGCAGCCCACCGGUGUGUCAGCAUUCCCAUGCCCCCUGAAGCCCCACAGACCACCUCUGAAACCCUCUGCCUCCGAAGCAGCCCCCUCCCCAGCUUCAGAACCUCCAGUUCCUCUCCCACCUCCCUCUCUUCCUGAUCCCUCCCACCCACCCCCCAAAAUAAAGAAGCCAAAAGUGGAC